AUGGUCCCCAUCCCUUGUGCUGACCAUGCCCUUCUUUUGGGGAGCCUGCAGGUCGAACAAGCUGUCGAAAUUUUAUCGAACCCCGUAUCCGAUCAGUCAGUCAAGGAGCAGGCCUUUGAAUAUCUCAAUCAACUACGAUCCGACCCUCAAGGCUGGCAAGCGUGCACAAAUCUCUUCUCCCGGGCUCCUCGAUCGUCCGAGGUGGUUCGGAUGGUCUGUCUCGAGGUCGUGAACUACGCUGUUCAUACACAAGGUCUCGAUGCCGAAAGCUUGUCGUACUUGAAAUACACGCUUCUCCAAUACGUCCGUCAGAGCUAUGGCCCUGAUGCUCAGCAGGAGCCGGACCCAGUGUCGCUUCAGAAUAAGCUUACGCAGACAUUGACGUACCUCUUCGUCUUCCUUUAUCAGGACGGGUGGCAAAGCUUUCUCGAUGACUUUUGGGCGCUGACAGGACUCUCAACUAACCGAGACAGCGUGAGCGGCGUUCUAUUCUACCUCAGAAUUCUGUCCUCAGUUCACGACGAAAUUGCCGAUAUGUUACUGUCUCGCCAAAGCAACGAUGCCAAGAGAAACACCGAGCUCAAGGAUCAGCUGAGAGCCCACGACGUGCACAAGGUCGCCGAGUCUUGGAAGCAAAUUCUCAGCAAAUAUGGCGACAAUAAUACCGUUAUGGAGUUGGUGCUGAAAGUGAUUGGAAAGUGGGUCAGCUGGAUGGAUAUCUCUCUCGUCGUCAGCCAAGAUAUGAUCAACCUGCUUUUGCCACUUGUCGGCCGCAGCACGAGUGGGGGAGGCGAGGACAAGGUUCGAGAUGCAGCUAUCGAUACGUUGACGGAGAUUUGCGGCAAGAAAAUGCGUUCAGCCGACAAGAUGGAGCUAGUUUCGUUCCUUAACCUUCAGGACAUUGUCGGUCAGCUCAUUUCUAGUGCUCCCUUGAGCGCUCACAAGGGGACUUCAAAGUACGAUACGGAUCUCGCAGAGGCUGUUGCGAAGCUUGUCAACACAGUCAUGUCAGACAUCGUCAAGGCACUCGACGAUAGUCAGAUUGGCAACGAGUCUAGAGAGAGAGCGAAGCAGCAUCUUCAUGGCUUCCUGCCAUUCCUUCUCCGACUCUUCUCCGACGAAUACGACGAAGUUUGUUCGACCAUCAUUCCCGCGCUCACGGACCUUCUUACCUUCCUUCGCAAGCUUGCUCAGCUACCUCCUGACUAUUCUGGCAUGUUGGCUCCAAUUUUGGAUGCCAUCAUUCGGAAAAUGCGAUACGACGAGACCUCGAAUUGGGGAAAUGAGGACGAGCAAACCGACGAGGCAGAGUUUCAGGAGCUGCGGAGAAAGUUGCAAAACUUGCAGAAGACCAUUGCUGCCAUCGACCAGCAGCUAUAUAUGAACAUGCUCAGCAACCUCGUGGCCAGCACGUUUCAGACUUUGGGCCAGCGCGGGUCCGAUAUGGAUUGGAGGGACCUUGAUCUAGCACUCUAUGAAAUGUACUUGUUCGGGGAGCUGGCAUUGCCCAACCAAGGUUUGGGUACGAAAAAUCAGCCAUCCACAGAAGCGUCUGAAAGACUCGGGGUCAUGAUGCAAAAGAUGGUUGGAUCUGGCAUUGCCAACUUCUCUCAUCCCGCGAUUCUUCUGCAGUACAUGGAAAUUUGUGUCCGAUAUUGUAUCGUCUUCGAAAGCUACCCAGGCUAUAUUCCACAAGUUCUAGAGAAUUUUGUCCGAUUGGUCCACCACGAUCACGUUCGUAUCAAGACCCGAUCGUGGUACCUCUUUCACCGCUUCAUCAAGCAACUACGCAGUCAGGUUGGAAACGUGGCUGAGACUGUUAUUCAUUCUAUCGGGGAUCUUUUGCCUAUCAAAGCGGAAGUUCCUGGGGACGACGCCGAUGAUGACAUGUCAUCUGACGAGUCAGACCACUCUGCCGACGCCUUGUUCAAUAGCCAGCUGUAUCUCUUUGAAGCAAUCGGCUGUAUUUCGUCAACUCAUAGCACCCCUGCUGACAAACAGGCUAUGUAUGCGAAAUCGGUCAUGGAUCCUCUCUUCCAAGACAUGGAGUUGCAUCUCCCGCGAGCUAAAUCUGGUGAUGCACAAGCUGUUCUUCAGAUGCAUCAUAUUGUAAUGGCACUCGGCACGCUUGCGCAUGGGUUUUCGGACUGGAGUCCUGGAUCCGCCGCGACCAGCCACCACCCUCCGCCUGCCAAGGCUGUUUCGGACGAGUUUUCCAGAGCCGCCGAGGCGAUUUUGAUUGCCCUCAACCAACUGAAUUCGUGCGCCGAAAUUCGCACCGCUUGCCGAUCAGCCUUUUCAAAACUCCUGGGGGUCCUCGGCUCUGCCGUCCUUCCACAGCUUCCCCAGUGGAUCGAGGGGCUGCUGUCGCAGAGUUCAUCAAAGGACGAGAUGGCCAUGUUCCUGCGUUUGCUCGAUCAGGUGGUGUUUGGUUUCAAGGCAGAGAUCUAUGAUGUUCUCAACGUCUUGCUCACGCCGUUAUUGCAACGGAUUUUCGGGGGGCUGUCCGAGCCCAUUUCAGGUACCGACGAUGAAAUACAACUCGCCGAGCUUAGACGCGAGUAUCUGUCCUUUUUGCAAAUCAUCCUGAACAAUGGCUUGGACGGCGUGCUCAUUAGUGAAGCGAACCAGGGCUUCUUCGAGCCCAUGAUUUCGUCUAUAACCGAGUUGGCCAAGACUCUGGAUGGAAACAUUGGUCCGAGCCGGCUGGCAUUCACUCUAAUGGCACGAAUCUCGGCCAUAUGGGGUGGACCAGAUGUUGCCACAAUCUCGCAGAACCCCAUGGCGCCAGGUACAAGCCCUGCACCAGCGAUUCCGGGUUUCGAUCGCUUCAUGAUUGAUCGAUUCCACUCUGUUUGCUGGGAGGUCAUCCGCAAUCCCAGCUUCCGUCCGGCGCAAGAUGCUCAGACAAAGCAGGUGCUGACCGAGAUUGCUGGGCUCGAACAAACAAUUUAUACAAAGACGGGGGAUGUGUUUAUCCAGGAGUUGCAAAACGGGCUGUUUUCCACCCUCGGCAUUGAUGGGGAUGAGUUUUUACGAUCAUUGACGACAUCUACGGACAAGAAAGGGUUUUCGUCGUAUCUGCAGAGUCUUUUGAAGAAUAGGCAGUAG